AGUCAAUAUUUCCAGUUAGCAGUUCAGUUAACUGGUAAACAAGCUUUAGCGAGAUGAGUUGGUUUCUGAUGAACAGGAAGGGGGAGGAGAGGAAGAAGAAGGAAGAGAUCAAGAAGCAGUUCAUGAAGGCUAUUGGAAAGGAUGCCUCUGAUGGUAAGCUGAGUAGAGAUCAGUGGACGAAUGUACUAAUAGCAGCGGGAAUACAUAACUCAACGGAGGAAGUGCAUAAGAGCUUUGAGACUAGAGUGCUAGAAAAUGGCAGGCUCUCCUUUGAAGAAUUCAUGGGAGAAGAGUCCAGAGCAGAACGACUCUUUAAGCUCAUGGAUAAAGAUGGCGACGGAUUUGUUACAAAAACGGAGUUCAGGGAGGUCUGUAAGAAUCUCAAUAGAGAGCAGAUUGACUUGGCUUUUAAGAAGUUUGAUCAAACAGGAAAUGAUAAGUUGAAUUUCCGCGAGUUUUGUGACAUGAUGAACAAGCGAACUAACAGCACAAAAAAAGGCAGUGAAACAGCCACAGCAAAUCCAUCAAACUCAUCAUCUCAUCAUGCGCCUGCGCAGUAAGAGGCGACCCAUGAAAAAUCACUUGGCAAGAGAAUUUUUUUCAGAUCAUCCUGUAUUUACAGGGUGCCAUCAACGAUAUACAAUUUGGUGACAGAAAUAUCUUUUUCCUUAUACCCAAACAUUACAAGUAUAAGUGCACCACAGCUUUUCUAAUAGAUGACUGGCGGAUUUCUACAUCAACAACAAUGAAAAAGUAAAAAACGCACUAUAACGUCGGUUUUGCUCAAAUAGAAGCUGAAUAGAAAAUGGGUCCUACGGAAAAUUAUUCCAAAACUCUGCAAACAAAAUUCAGUUUGACACUGAAUUUACCUGUGAAAUAAGAAGACGACAUUUUGGCAAUCUAAUGUGUUUAUGAUGUUGAUAUAAAGCAAACAAUUUAAACAAAAAUCUACGAAUGAAAUGAAAUGUGUCUGGCUACACUGCACAAUUGCUGUGUUUCAUAUUCAUUGAUCUUUUCAAAAUCAUAACUUGAGUUUUACAGUCGUCUUUCUAUUUUCUGGGUCCCAGUGUUCACAUCACAGUUGAAGACAGAUGAUAAGUUUUAAAUUGCAAACUGGGCAUAAAAUUAAAAAGUUGGCUUAAAAAUCCAGGAAAUCAUUUUAAAUGUAUGCUUUGAUUAUUUCAGAAAUUAUUAAAGUAUUGAAUGCACUUCAGGUUGAUUUCUGUCAUCUUUUAUAAUCCAAAAUAUACUGGCGACCACAGUAUGAAAGUAAUAUAGAACUUUUUAGACAUAUUUCAUCAAUUUAUUUCAAGCAAAGAAAAAAAAGACAACUUUCAUAUUGUUAUGCAAAUAUUUCUUUUUUUAAUAAAGGUAUAUUCAAAAAAAUAAUUAAACACAUAAGUGGUUUAAAAAUUAUAACCUAUGUUUUGGAACUUGCAGAAUCUAAUGGGCCAACAAGAUACUAUAGACCCAUAAAAUUGUAGAAUGGAAGACGACUGUCAGAUUCAAAUCAUGAUUUUACGUACUCCAUGAACAUGAAACAUGGCAAAUGUUAAGUGUACGUAAAAAGACUCAUUUCACUUAAUGAAUAAAUUCUAGGCAACUGGUAAAACUAUUAGCUUUAUAACAACAUCAAAAAUGCAUACAUGUGAUUGCUCAAAUCACAUCUUUUUAUUCCACUGUUUUAUGUACACCACUGUAUUAGAAAAUGCUUGAAAAUUUUUCUCUUUAACAGUAUUAUUUACACGUGUGAAACAACGGUGUGUUUUUUUUUCUAAACAUUUUUGUGAUUUCAUCAGUUGGCAAAUCACAAUGAAAUCAAAACCACGUGUUAAGUGAAUAAAACUCCAUGUUUUCUGUUAUAACAGUAAAAACCAGAACAGUGAAAUGAAUGUCGCCUCCUUUUGAAUUUAGAAAUGAUUUUAAAGAUCUUGUAGCUAGCAAUUGCUGCAACUGGUUUCUAAAACAGUUUAGGGCAUUGUUAAGAAAUAAAUUGCUCAGCGACAUUUCACAUUUUCUAAAUAAAAGUAGAAAAAGACAAGAAUUCCAAUUUUUUCUGGUUCUACUUGUUUUAGCGACAAUAUGUCUCAUUAGACUGCUUUUUUAAAUUUAUUAACAAAACAAAUAAUUGUAGAAAAUAAUAUAUUGUUAAAAAUUCCUGCACAUCCGGCCUUUCCUUAUUUCUCCCAUCCUUUAUAACACUCUCCCCUACUUUCCCCAACCCUCCACUAAUUCCCCACACCCUCCCCUACUUUCCCACAACCUUCACUAAUUUCCCCACCCUCCCCUACUUUCCCACACCCUUCACUAUAAUUUCCCCAACCCUCCACUAAUUCCCCACACCCUCCCCUACUUUCCAACACCCUCCCAUAUUUUUUUACAUCCUCACAUAACUUCCCAUAUUCCGAAUUGGUUAGGAUAUCUAAGAUUAACGUCGUAAAAAUAUAUUAGCAAGCACUACUUCUUUGAGUCAUUUAUACCUUUAAGGUGAUGCAUGCUCAUUUUUUUCUGACUUUCUGAUCACAAAAUAUUUCUACUCUGUACUCUGUAACCCAGAAUGUAAACUGUUAAAAGGUGUUUAUUUUAUACUAAAGGUGCAGGGAUAGGGUUUGUGUACAUUUUUCAGAUGACGUAUUCGAAGAAUCGUUCAGAAACUUGUUUAAGGGGAGUGUUUGCGACAAAUGAAAAAGGUAAAUAAUCAACUCAGGAAAUUUUAACCUUUUUUUUAACAAUAUUUGUUAUUUUUUUGUCAACACUAGUUCUUAGAGCAGUCUUAAUACGUCAUACCCCUAUACCUCUCAACUUUAGUGUAAAUACCUUUAAAACGUUAAUAUUUAUGUAUAUCUGUACUGUACUGUAGUGUGAAUAGUAAGUGUACAUGAGUGCUAUUUAUACCUGAAGCCGCCUUUAAAAAAGCAUCUUUCUAAUCAAACUUUUAAUUUUCAUAUUUUCAAGGCUUCUUCCUUCUCCAGAUUCCAUAUCAUAUUUACAAAAUAUUCUGUAUAUCAUAAUAUCAGUGUUAAAUAAAGUUUAAAAUUCCCCUCUGA